CGGAAGCGGAAGCGCGGCGCACUUCCGGUGCGCAGCAGGCGGCCAUGUUGGAGCAGCGGAGGCGGCGCAGAGGCGCGUCCUGGGUCCCCGCGGCGGCGCCGGUGCCAAGCGCUGGUUUGCGGAUACCCAGGCAGAUCUGCAGUGCCUAAUGCCAUGAGCGUGGUGGUGCAGCAUGUGGAGGAGAAAGCUGUGCACUCCUGGUCGCGGAUCUCCACGGCAGGGAAGAAGGCCCUGGAGGAAGCGCUGCUUGUCUUUAACCCCAUGAGCCAGGAUCUCAGUGCCACUGAGGCCCAGCUUGUGGCCUUCCUGCAGGGCCUGCGGGAUGAUGGUUUCCAACCAACCAUCCUGCGCAGCGGUGAUGUCUAUGGCUAUAGUUCGUGCACAGCCAACCCCCCAAGCCAGACAAAGCUUCAGGCUCGUGCCCCCACCCCAGCUGCCACAUCACCUCCAGCCAGUGCUCCCCGAACUGCCAUGCGGCUGCCUGCAGGCCGGGCCACGCUGCUCCCCAUGCCACUGUCUGGCAGGCUGGCCAAAGCAUCCACACCAGCCCUCGCCAAGCAUGCCACCACCAACCUGCUACUGAGCUCCCUGAAGCAGUCAAGUGCCAGCCGUGCCCGGGGUGCAGCAGUGGGCUUUCCCACCCACCUCUAUCCAGGUGUCUACCCUGCCAUGAGGCUCUCUGUUGUCCUUGAGGCCCUGGUUCCACUCAAGACUCCCAUGCCCUGCUUGGGUGCCAAGCACAAGGCACAGUCACUGCAGCUCUCACUUGCAGACUCUCCCCUGAAGCUGCGGAAAGGUCCAGGGAAGAGGCUGGGGAAUUCCCAGCCCAAAGCUCCCAGAAAAGCCACAAGCAAGGACCCCAAGUGUCUGACUCGAAGAGGCCCCAGGGCUGGACCCCGACGAGGCACUGGGCCCCAGAGCAAGACCUACAAAGCCUCUGGUUCCCUCAGUGGCCCACAAAUGAAAGGUGGCUGUGCUCUGGGCACCAAAACAACCCAGGCCAAAGUUGCCCGUGCCCAGGCCAAGGUGGCUCGAACACAAGCCAAAGCUGCCAAGGCCCGGGCAAAAGCCAAGGCAGCACGGAUCAAGGCCAAGGCAGUACGGGCCAAGGCUAAGGCCAAGGCAGUGCGGGCCAGGGCCAAGGCCAAGGCAGUGCGGGCCAGGGCCAGGGCCAAGGCAGUGCGGGCCAGGGCCAGGGCCAAGGCAGUGCGGGCCAGGGCCAGGGCCAAGGCAGUGCGGGCCAGGGCCAGGGCCAAGGCAGUGCGGGCCAGGGCCAGGGCCAAGGCAGUGUGGGCUAAGGCCAAGGUGGCUCGGACCCAGCCCAGGGGCAGGGGCAGGCCAAAAAGGUCUGUUCAGGCCAGGACUGCAAGGAGGGGCCGGAAAAGCUGCCCUGAGACUGUGGGACAGAAGAGGAAAAGGACUGAGGAGGCAAAGGAUCUUCCUCCCCAGAAGAGAACACGGCUUGGGCCCCAAUCCCCUAAGGUAUGGCUAGGAUCUGGAACGGCAAAGCUGCUGAAAUUCCGGGCCAUCAAGGUGGACAGGCAGUCCUCAGACCAUGAGGUGCGGCAGCAGGCUCAGCGGAUCCUCCGUGUGAACCUUUCCCCUGUAAUACGACUUCAGCCAUUGCUGCCAUACUCAGCACCCUGAUUCCUUCACGUAGCAAUGUUCGGGGAAACUGAGCCCAGCUGUCUGUGGCCAGUGGCACAGUGUGCAAUGCCCAUGGAUUCCACAACCCUAAGGACUCUGGGUGCCUCUCCAGGGCCCUGAGAGCCACCAGCCUCCUUUCAGAGACUGGAGGAUGUGG